ACUCAGGGCGUCCUCUCCGCUGUGUCUGGAUCUGUCUGUCUCCCGAGCAGGGCGGCCGGAGCUCUCCUCACUCUCUCUCGGAGGUUUAUCGCUGCUAUCGCGGGGGUGGAGGUGCCGGGGAGUCGCGGCGGAGCCCGGGGCUCGCGGUCUAUCGCUCUAUCGGGACGUUUCGCAGUGUCGCGACAUAUCGCCGCUAUGGGAUGCACGGUGAGCGCCGAGGACAAAGCGGCGGCGGAGAGAUCGAAGAUAAUCGAUAAAAACCUGAGGGAGGAUGGAGAGAAGGCGGCCCGGGAGGUGAAGCUGCUGCUGCUGGGUGCCGGGGAGUCCGGGAAGAGCACGAUUGUGAAACAGAUGAAGAUUAUCCAUGAAGAUGGGUACUCGGAGGAGGAGUGUCAGCAGUACCGGGCUGUGGUUUACAGCAACACCAUCCAGUCCAUCAUGGCCAUUAUAAAGGCUAUGGGGAAUCUGAAGAUAGACUUCGGGGACACAGCCAGAGCGGAUGACGCGCGGCAGCUCUUCGCACUGUCGUGUACGGCAGAGGAGCAGGGAAUACUGCCGGAUGAUCUGGCCGGGGUCAUUCGCCGGCUGUGGGCGGACCAGGGGGUACAGGCAUGUUUCAACCGUUCCCGGGAAUACCAGCUCAAUGACUCUGCUGCCUAUUACCUGAAUGAUUUGGAGCGGAUCGCCCGGUCGGACUACGUACCCACACAGCAGGAUGUUCUGAGGACGAGGGUGAAAACAACAGGAAUUGUGGAAACACACUUCACUUUCAAAGACCUCCACUUUAAGAUGUUUGAUGUUGGAGGGCAGCGAUCUGAGCGGAAGAAGUGGAUUCACUGCUUUGAGGGCGUGACAGCCAUCAUUUUCUGCGUGGCGCUCAGCGCUUAUGACCUUGUCCUGGCAGAAGAUGAGGAGAUGAACCGGAUGCAUGAAAGCAUGAAGCUGUUUGACAGUAUCUGUAACAACAAAUGGUUCACGGAGACGUCCAUCAUUCUUUUCCUGAAUAAGAAGGACCUGUUUGAGGAGAAGAUCACUCAGAGUCCACUGAGCAUCUGUUUCCCGGAGUACACGGGUGCGAAUCAGUACGAUGAAGCAGCCAGUUACAUCCAGAAUAAAUUUGAGGACCUGAACAAGAAGCGCGACACAAAGGAGAUCUAUACGCACUUCACCUGCGCCACCGACACAAAGAAUGUGCAGUUUGUGUUUGACGCAGUCACAGACGUUAUCAUCAAAAAUAACCUAAAGGACUGUGGUCUGUUCUAACCCAGAGGGGUUCCGGCAAUGGCGACAGAUUGGGGAACAGAGACCCUUUGCCCCUCUCUGGAUUUUACAGUUUUUAUCCUGAGUGUCUCAUUUUGUAAUUAACCUUUCCUCUGCUGGAAGGAGUCUGCUGUGAAGGGCAGUGCUCCUUACAAGGCUGAGCUUUGCAGUCUGCUGCAUCCUCCUAUUAACCCCUCGGCUUUCACACCCAGGAGUUGCACGCUCCCCUCUGGCUUUCCGGAGAAUGGGAACACAUACACCGUGUCCGGAGGAGGCCGGGCUGCGGGUGGGGAAUGGCACGGGGUUUGGAUAUGCCUCUUUUUCCAGGAUUGCCUCGGACAUUUUCUUACUGUUCAUCUUUUAUUGGCAAGGCCAUAUCUGUGCAUGUAAUAGUAUAAGGCAAUUAUUAACUCCUUGAUUGCAAGGAUAAGCACAAAACAGGCUGCAGGCCCAUGUCGCUUCCAAGGGAACGGGUUACACCUCCUGCAUGUUCCCCGGGCUAUGGCUUUCCAGAUUAUGGCUUCUAGAACAUUUCUCUCUGUAUAUUAAUCCUUUCAUAUAGCACAAUGUCUGCCAUCCAUACAGAGUGACCCUCGUCCAGCUUACACUGCACCUCACCCUUCAGCAACACUCACAUUCCUGGAAGAGAAAGGGUAGCAAUGAGACUAGACUAGAGAUCUGGAGCGGAUAGGGGGAGGUAGGUGAUAUUUAAGGAGAUAAGUACCAGUAGCUUUUGUGCCUUCAGCAAUUCUGUGUGUUUAUUUUUUUUAAUAUGUAAUUGUUAUCUUACUAAAUAUGUAACUUUAGUUCAGGACAUAACAGGAUGAUAAGAGCUGCCACUUUCUAAUAACUCCCUGCAUUUCCAUCAUAAGAUCCCAGAAGCCUUAGCUUUUCCCCACUUCCUGUCUCCCGGAACCAUAUUUACAUGAUCCUUUCCUCCUCCCGUCCCCAUGUUUCCGGGAUCCUCACCUUCCUCCCGUCCCCAUGUUCCCGGGAUCCUCGCCUUCCUCCCGUCCCCAUGUUUCCAGGAUCCUCGCCUUCCUCCCGUCCCCAUGUUUCCGGGAUCCUCGCCUUCCUCCCGUCCCCAUGUUUCCGGGAUCCUCGCCUUCCUCCCGUCCCCAUGUUUCCGGGAUCCUCGCCUUCCUCCCGUCCCCAUGUUCCCGGGAUCCUCGCCUUCCUCCCGUCCCCAUGUUCCCGGGAUCCUUGCCUUCCUCCCGUCCCCAUGUUCCCGGGAUCCUCGCCUUCCUCCCGUCCCCAUGUUUCCGGGAUCUUCGCCUUCCUCCCGUCCCCAUAUUUCCGGGAUCCUCGCCUUCCUCCCGUUUCCGGGAUCCUCGCCUUCCUCCCGUCCCCAUGUUUCCGGGAUCCUCGCCUUCCUCCUGUCCCCAUGUUUCCGGGAUCCUCGCCUUCCUCCCGUCCCCAUGUUUCCGGGAUCCUCGCCUUCCUCCCGUCCCCAUGUUUCCGGGAUCCUCGCCUUCCUCCCGUCCCCAUGUUUCCGGGAUCCUCGCCUUCCUCCCGUCCCCAUGUUUCCGGGAUCCUCGCCUUCCUCCCGUCCCCAUGUUUCCGGGAUCCUCGCCUUCCUCCCGUCCCCAUGUUUCCGGGAUCCUCGCCUUCCUCCCGUCCCCAUGUUUCCGGGAUCCUCGCCUUCCUCCCGUCCCCUUGUUCCCGGGAUCCUCGCCUUCCUCCCGUCCCCUUGUUCCCGGGAUCCUCGCCUUCCUCCCGUCCCCUUGUUCCCGGGAUCCUCGCCUUCCUCCCGUCCCCUUGUUCCCGGGAUCCUCGCCUUCCUCCCGUCCCCAUGUUCCCGGGAUCCUCGCCUUCCUCCCGUCCCCUUGUUCCCGGGUUCCUUGCCUUCCUCCCGUCCCUUUGUUCCCGGGAUCCUUGCCUUCCUCCCGUCCCCUUGUUCCCGGGAUCCCCGCCUUCCUCAUGUUCCAGGAUACUCGCCUUCCUCCUGGCCCCCACGUUCCCGGGAUCCUCGCUUUCCUCCCUGCCUCAUGUUUCCGGGAUUCUUUCCUUUCUCCCUGCCCCAUGUUCCAGGGAUCCUCUCUUUCCUCCCUUCCCCGGGAUCCUUGCCUUUCUUAUGUCUCCACAUUACCAGGAUCCUCGCCUUCCUCCUGGCCCCCCAUGUUCCAGGGAUCCUCGCCUUCCCCCUGUUCCCAGGAUCUUUGCCUUCCUCUUGGCCCCCACGUUCCCGGGAUCCUCGCUUUCCUCCCUGCCCCAUGUUUCCGGGAUUCUUUCCUUUCUCUCUGCCCCAUGUUCCCAAGAUACUCCCCUUCCUCCCGGCCCCAUGUUCCAGGGAUCCUCUCUUUCUUCCCGUCCCCGGGAUCCUUAUCUAUCUUCUGUCUCCACGUUACCAGGAUCCUCGCCUUCCUCCUGGCCCCCACGUUCCAGGGAUCCUUGCCUUCCUCCUGGCCCCCACGUUCCCGGGAUCCUUGCCUUCCUCCUGGCCCCCACGUUCCCGGGAUCCUUGCCUUCCUCCUGGCCCCCACGUUCCCGGGAUCCUUGCCUUCCUCCUGUUCCCAGGAUCUUCGCCUUCCUCCUAGCCCCCACGUUCCAGGGAUCCUCGCCUUCCUCCUGGCCCCCACAUUCCAGGGAUCCUCGCCUUCCUCCUGGCCCCCACAUUCCAGGGAUCCUCGCCUUCCUCCUGUUCCCAGGAUCUUCGCCUUCCUCCUGUCCCCAUUUUCCUGGGUUUCUUCCCUUCCUCUCAGCCCCAUAUCCUGGGAUCCCCUAAUUCCUCCCAAUUCCAGGGCCGUUGCCAUUUUACCAAGAUGAUCACUGAAGUAGGCUACAUGCUUUACAGUGCGCCAGUCUCGUCUGUCCCCGACUCCUCUUGCGUUGCAUGUUAGUAAGAUGUGCGACCUUUGCUAUCGCUUAAUCCCUAUCCAUGAGAAACUCCAAAGUAGGGCAGAGGGAAGCUUGUACCACGGCUGAGGGAGGAAGGAAAAGUUAUGGAGUUUGUUUAUUUUUAUUUAAUAUUUUUUCCUGAGGGGGGGGGGGUGUUAUAUAUAAGUUUAUGAAAUUGGUUCUCCCAGAGAGACACGGACCAAAAUAUGACCACGUGACACGAACCACAUACCGGGUUUCUGCUGCACCCAUCCCCUCACAGGAUAGAAACAGCCACCUUGUGGGCGGAGCGGUUACUCUGUGUACAGCUCCGGGAUGGAGCAGAGCCAGUGACAUCACUGGGGGCUCUGCCCACAACAUGGCUGCCCCCAUGACAUUCAUGUAAUGAAAAGAGGGAUGAGGACAAGUCACACCCUUAGAUUUGGGGCGUCUGAUGUACAUUGCUUAUUCCUGCUGCCAGAGCCACUCUGUUCCUCACUGUCUUUUAUUAGUUUGUUGUUUUUUCUCUGAAAUUGUUCACAAAGUUUUAAAUAAUAAAAUGUAGAAACUGA